AUGAAGCUUAACAUCUCCUACCCGGCCAAUGGGUCUCAGAAAAUCAUCGAGGUCGACGAUGAGCGCAAGCUCCGUCCCUUCAUGGAGAAGCGCAUGGGCACCGAAGUUGUCGGUGACUCGCUCGGCGAUGAGUUCAAGGGCUACCUGUUCAAGAUUACCGGUGGUAACGACAAGCAAGGUUUCCCCAUGAAGCAGGGUGUCCUCCUCCCCACCCGUACCCGUCUGCUUCUCGCCGACGGCCACAGCUGCUACCGCCCCCGCCGCACCGGUGAGCGCAAGCGCAAGUCCGUCCGCGGUGGCAUCACCGGCCAGGACCUUUCCGUCCUGGCUCUGGCCAUCGUCAAGCAGGGCGAGGGCGAGCUCCCCGGCCUGACCGACACCGUCGACGACGUCCGCCAGUUCGUCAUCCGCCGCACUGUCUCCAAGGAGGGCAAGAAGGACUACACCAAGGCCCCCAACAUCCAGCGUCUGGUCACUCCCCAGCGCCUGCAGCGCAAGCGUCACAGGAUCGCCAUCAAGCGCCGCCGCGCUGAGGCUGCCCGCGAGGCUGCUAACGACUACGCCAAGCUCCUGGCCAACCGUGUCCACGAGGAGAAGGCUAAGCGUGACGAGCUCCGCAAGCGGAGGGCGUCCUCGAUGCGCAAGUAA